GCGGCCAUGGCGUGGCUACUUUGGGCGCACUGAGCCGGCCUUCCCUCUUUAUGUCGCAUUUGUGAGGGGGUGGCUGUCGGCGUUGCUAUCACCGCGGCGACGAUGAAAGGCGUGUUGGCCAGCCCCGUGGCCGCCGCCACGAUGCAGGAGACUUUUGGCUGCGCUAUCGCCAACCGCUUCCACCAGCUGCUCGAUGACGAGUCCGACCCCUUCGACAUUCUCCGCGAGGCCGAGAAGCGCAAACAGCAAAGCAAAAAGCGCGAGGAAGCCGCAUUGUCAGUCUGUCGGAAGCCUGGCCCGGGCGGAGCUGCCGCCUCCGCCGCUGUUGCCAAAAGAGAAUCGCAGAAGGAGCGCAAGAGCUCCCAGCUCCUGCAGCUAGAAAGCCCUCCAGCACUCGGCCAAAAGCGAGCUCCAAAAAGGGGAGAACAGCAGGGAUGGAAUGAUAAUAGAGGUACCGAAAUAAAACAAGAUAAAGCUGAAUGGAGACCUUUCAGGGAAUACCGUCCUCAUGAAAUGGAACGACAAGCAGAAUUCAUACUAGACAGACCAAUAGAACGACUUGAUCGGGAAAGACCAAUGAGAGGCCGUGGGGGAGGAAGAGGUGGAAUGCGAGGCAGAGGAAGAGGUGGUGGAACGAAUAGAACUUUCAAUGGCUUUGACCAGAGAGGAAAACGGGAAUUUGAACGGCAAAGCGGGAGUGAUAAAACAGGAAUACGAGCAGAAGACAAAAAGAGUGGAGGUGGUGCUCACAACUGGGGAGCAGUGAAAGAUGAUCUGAGUGAGAUGGAACAGACUGCUCCUGUAGAAGAGACUGCAGAACCAGAAGAACAUCCAGGAGCACCAGAGGGAGAAUCUCCAACCAAAAUUGCUGAAAGGGAGCCUGUGGAAGAAAUAGUUCAAGAGAUGUCGUUGGAUGAGUGGAAAAAUCUCCAGGAACAAAGCCGACCCAAGCCUGACUUCAACAUCCGGAAGCCUGAAACCCCUGUUCCUUCCAAAGCAGUGGUGAUUCACAAAUCAAAAUACAGAGAUGAUGAUGUGCUGAAGGAGGAUUUUGAGGAUGACUCCCACUUUUUUCGAAAAGCAGCCAAUGACAUCACUUCUCAGCUGGACAUAAAUUUUGGGAACCUGCCUCGUCCUGGGCGUGGAGCCAGAGGAGCACGUGGAGGUCGAGGGCGUGUCCGGAGAGUAGAGGACUUUGGGCCCAAGCCAGAAGUGAUGAUGCGCAUUGCUGCUCCAAACCCAGAUGACCCUGAUGAUUUUCCUGCUUUAGCCUGAAAGAACUGAACUGAAUGACACCUCAAAAGUAGCAGUGAAGACACGAACCAGUUCUAUGUUGCAGUGGGAAAGAAUCAUUUGAGUCUACAGAGAGAAAUGACUUUUGUGUGAAUUUUGCACUUCUAUUGUGUUAAGGUUCUAGACACACCAAGUGGGGGCUGCAAUGCAAGAGUCUAGCACCACUGCUUUGGAUUAGCAAUGUGAAGGCUUGUGGUAUCAUACAUGAGGGAUUUGAAAUAAAGGUUUGGAAUGAUGGCGUCAAACAGGUACAGGUGGCUGUUUUUCUGUGGUGUCACCGUAUAAGACUAGCUUCUGGUUUGGGGAACUGAAAGCAAAAAGUAAUAAAAGCUGUAGACGCUGGGAAGUUAUUUUUCUUGCUUUGGUGAGUGAACUGUUAACUAUGCAUACUCCUGCACUUGCACAAUAACUUUGGGGGUUGGCAAAUUAAAGCAAACCCAGAUCGUCAAUUGGAGUUUAAGGUGCUAUUUUCACAUUCCUUUUCUUUUAUUCCAUGGCAUCGGAUGCUGUCAAAACUUGAAAAUAAAAACUAGUUUCUUUGUACAGUUUUUGGCCAUGAGCUGUAAAGUAAGUAGACUUCAGAUUGGUUGGAAGUAUAAAAUUGUUGCCAAUCCUGCAGUCAGCCAAAUACCUCAGCUAGAUGGACUAUAAAAUGAUUUAAAAGUGCCAUGAGUAGAAACCAGAUUUAGCAAGGUGCAGCACACUGGCAGUAGUAAAUAACAGGAACAUGUUCUGGGAUGGCUGGGCAAGUGGGCUGUGUUAAGUCCCAGAGAAACAAGUCACUGUGUUCUGGAUUAAAAAAUCCAGCUUGCUGACAAUUGCAGGAAUUUGAGCAACUGUCUCCUUAAACUACCAAAGUAAGCCAGCCUCAGGACUGUUGUGACAGUCUUCAUGUUUUUUGAGUCAGGCCUGGAGUUAAACUGAACUGUGAUAAGGUUAUGGGAUUUCAUUCACUGGUCUAAUCCAAGUUGCUCAGAGUACAAGUAAAGCUAGAAGAUAAUCUAAGGUGGUACACUGUAGCAGUUGUUGGGCAGAAUGAAUAUAUAUAUAUAUAUGUAAACACUGAGGCGUUUGGGUAUUAUAACUUUUCCAUUUUGCUUGUCUUGGGGUCUGAGGGUUAGCAGGCAGGAUAAAGCUCUGCUGCUUUAAAGUUGCAAGGAAUUGCAGUGAAGAUACAGAGUGUGUUCCCAAGAUAUAAUUGAAAUCUUGCUUUCCGAUUUUCAGCUUUGGGAAUUUAGCUCCUGCACAGGUAGUAUCUGCCUCCUGGGUUCCAACACCACAGCAGCAACCUUCCAGUGACCAGAUAUUUGUCAGUUAAACCCAUUAACUUUCAUUGUGAAGAUCAGCGCCACACCACGGCUGAAAACAGUUCAGGUGUGCUAUGCUGAUUGCAGAACCAUUAUUGCCUGGAAUUAAACCAAAGCAGCCUGACCUCACAGCAGAAUUUGAACAGAGUGAACCAAAGCAUUGAACGGCUUGACCUCAUGAACUUUUUCAUUAACUUUGUGGGAUGGUGCAAAGGGCAUGGGUGUAACUGAUCUGCAUGACCCUAGAACUGUUAUUAUGCAAAAUGAUUUUGUGGCCAGGUGUUUGUAUCCUGAUUCACCUUUUGUUGAUCUAGAUAACUUCUGAAGAAUGCUUCCUGGUUAUAGGAACUGCACUUGGUAAAUCAAGAGCAUCCUUUUAUUAAGUGCAGUACAAAGGUAGAGCUUUAUAUACUUACAAUGAUGACAUAGCAUUUUAAGUUCUAGGCACAAAUAUGCUGAAAAAAUGUGUGUAGUAUGCUGUUGUGUUGAGCUCAAUAUGGAGUGUGGCCUGGAUUUCAAGCUUCUGUUUGUAAUUUUUAUUGGGGUGAGAGGACUACUUAUGUAGCUGUCUUAAACUCUGAAAGUACAUAGUCUUAAGUAGCCUGCAAAAAUGAUCAGAAUUUAUCUAAAAUAAUCGAAAUAAAAUCUGGGAAUUAUACUCUUUUUGAUAAAAUUACUGUGAAGUUACGCAGCUUGCUGUAUGGAUAUAUAAAAAGGGGACACAUUAGGGCUUGCUAAUUAUUAGUCAGCUGGCUGGAAUCCUGUUCCCAAACCAUAGCUGGAUAAAAGAUUUUCUUUAACUGUACAUCGCCAAUUCAGCUGUUAUAGUAAACCAGUUAGAAGAACCCUGUAGGUGGAGGUGAACCUACAAGCAAAGGCACAUCCAGGAGCCCAUUGAGUACAUUCCUGCAUCUUACAGCUAUGGUCUGGAAGACUGGGCAAAGGGGAGCUAGAAUCAUUCUCCCUGUUGGUAUAGUUAAUUUCUUGUAUCAAGGAACACUGCGAUAACACCCACCUACAAUCUGAAGUGGUACUACCCAGACCUUGACACACCAGGUAGACACACAAGGCCUUAUGUGGUGGGACCUUGGGCUCAGUAUAGAGCACCUAAGAAGGUCCCAGGUAUAAUCCCCAGCAUCUCCUCCUAAAAAGAUCCAUUAGGAGGUAGUGAUAGAUCUUUGCCUGAGAUCCUAAAGAGCUGCUGCCUCACAGAAUAUAAUGCUAACCUUGGUGGACCAAUGGUCUUAACUUGUUAUAAGGCAACUUUGUGUGUUCAUAUCCUUCUCUGGACUGCAUUUGCAGUUUGUAGAAUUGGUUUUAUUCUCUAGGAUGUGUGUCAGGCUUCCCUCUGGCAUUUGAUCCUUCUGUAACCAUCAGAUUAUCCAGUUUGAUACUACUUGAAGAUCUUGCUGCUUCAUUUUAUAAUACCGUGCGCCAUUAAGGAAGAAUAAUUUCAAAAUCACAGUUAUAUUUAACCACUCUAUUCUCUUGUUGACAUAUGAACAAAGUGAAAGCUGAUUUGCUUGCAUAAAAAUAUGUAAACAGCUCUACUAAAAUUAUUUUACAUUUGAAUUAGGGACAGAAGCAGUGACUUGCUAUACCAAAAAUUCAAAAGUUCUUAAGACUGUAUAUUCAUUCACAUUAUGAAGCCCAAGACAAGCAAUUUCUGCAUAAGAUUUAUUUGUAUACAGCUUUUUACAAGUCAAUAUAUAUAUAUAAAAAAUAAAAUUACACUGAGAAUAAUGAAAUUAAAUUUCCAGUAUCGUAUCAAGUUACCCUUAAAAAUACCUUAAGCAAAAUAAACUUCCAGUCUGAUUUUUAAAAUCUUAGAAAUUUUUUA